AUCGCAGAGCACCAAGCAGAGGUGGCGGGAGUGACCUGGAACCGUGACAGCUUCUUCUCCUGCAGCUGGGAUGGCUCCGUGAAGUUGUACCAGGCGGCCAACCCGACUGUGUCGGCCAUGACCUUUCACGAACACGUGAAGGAAGUGUAUGAAGUUUCUUGUUCCACACGCAACCCCGCAUCGUUUUUGUCGGCCUCUGGGGACGGCACAUGGAAGUUGUGGGACACGCGUGCACCGCGCUCUGUUCUGACGCAGGCUGGGCACAAUUACCAGAUUGUUCUCAGCAUUGACUGGAAUAAGUACGACGGGAACAUCUUUGCCACUGGCGGUGUGGAUCGUACAGUGCGGCUGUGGGACCUUCGCCGGCCAACUCAGCCCCUUGCUUCCCUUCCCGGGCACGACAACGCCUGCCGUCGUGUACGCUUCUCACCCCACUCGCGCGUGCUGCUGGCGUCGGCUGGCUACGACUGCCGGGUCUGCAUCUGGGAUCUCAACCAGCCACAGCGUCCCCUCACUGGCCGCUACGCCCACCAUCGUGAGUUUGUCGUUGGUCUUGAGUGGUCGCUGGCUGUGCCUAACGCGAUUGCCUCCGCGUCUUGGGACGGGCGGGCGUUCUUCUGGAUCAACGGGCAGCAGGUCACGCCGUCGCCGCCGCUGGCGCAACUUCCCGCCGCCGUGCCACCGCCGCGGGUCCGGGUGCCACGAACAAAAGUACUCCCGGGACUUCCGCUUGUGCCCCCUGCCAUUCCCGUCUCGCAGUAA